UCCUGCACCUGCCAUGGCAGCUGUGGGCUGAGCAGGCAGAUGCCCGGCUGGGUCUGGGCAGAAGUUCCUUCUCACCACCUCCAGGCCUGUCUUCACCACCCGUUUCCAUUCACGGCUUUAAGAUUCUGGAGGCCUAGAAUCCACUGGGAUCUGCAGCCCGUGGACCCCAAUGUUGUGGCUGGAGGAGGGGAGCCAGCGGGGCCUGGGUCUCCAGGCUCUGCCCGAUGACGCUGCCCGUGGGAGCAGGAGCUGAGACCAGGCCAGAGAGACUCCUCUGUGUGGGACCUGGCACUGCUCCCUUACAUCAACAGCCGUGUCCCAAGAUGAUCUCAUGUGCACCUGGGACUUUGGUUUUCUUCAGAACCCUGGAGAUGAAGGGCCUCCUCACACUGGCUUGGUUCCUGGCUUGUAGUGUGCCUGCCGUCCCAGGGAGCUUGCUGGAGCUGAGAGUGAUGAUUGAAAAGGUGACGAGGAAGCCCGCCCUGAUGAGCUAUGGCUUCUACGGCUGUUACUGCGGCUGGGGGGGUCAAGGAACCCCCAAGGAUGGUACUGAUUGGUGCUGUUGGAUGCAUGACCACUGCUAUGCACAGCUGGAGAAAAAAGGCUGCAAUGCCUUGAUACAGGUGUACAGAUACAGAGUUGCAUGCGGCCUGGUCACCUGUGAACGUGGGUCUCUCUGCCAGAUGCAGCUCUGUACCUGUGACCGGCAUUUCGUCUACUGCCUGAAAAGAAACAUGAGGAGCUACAACCCUCAUUAUCAAUACUUUCCCAACUUCCUCUGCACCUAGUUGCCUCAGUGAGCUCCUCCUGGACCAAGACUCUUACACCCUCUCCUACAGCACAGAGCUUACCCACUCUGCUGGAAUCCCCAGAGAGGAUCCCAGGUCUGGGACCUCAU